CCUUCUGUAUAAGGGAUGAAGCCUCGUCCUCAAAAUUCAAUACUUCUCGGAGGGCAAAGGUAUAUAAGGCCCCACUACUCAAACCGAAGAUCGGAUCGAGGUUUCAAAGUCCCUGACAAGCGGCAAGCGCGCGCCAGUGUGCUCCUUUCGUUACUGAAGACAGCGAGGAUGAAGACAUUACUUUUCACCGUUUUCGCGGUGCUGUGUAUCCAGGCGGUUUUCGGUGUAGAUCCUAACGAGCACAACAAAGUGGUUUGUUAUUGGAACAGUACCGCUUACGAGAGGCAAGGUCCAGCAAAGUUCCAAAUUGAGGAUGUCAGACCCGCUUUAUCUCUUUGUACUCACCUUAUUUACGGAUACGCUCACAUAAAUUCCGACUUUGAGAUUGUUCCCGGCUCGCCGAGCUUAGAUACCGGAUCGGGUUAUUCCUAUUAUAGACUCGCCACGCAGCUGAAACGACAGUUUCCCGAUCUGAAGAUUUACCUGAGCGUCGGAGGAAACUCCGAUCCUUACGACGAGGAGCAUAAGUACCUCGUGUUGACCGAGACUGCGGAAGGCAGAACGAGGUUUAUCAAUUCCGUCAAUCGGCUGCUGAACGACUACGAUUUCGACGGAAUCGAUCUGGCGUGGCAGUUCCCACCGGUCAAGCCCAAGAAGCAGCGCAGCACUCUUGGAUCCAUCUGGCAUGGUCUCAAGAAGAAACUCGGCUACGGGAAAUUCAAGGACGACAAGGAGCAGGAACACCGCGACGGUUUCACAAUCUUGGUGCGCGACCUCAAGUCGCAACUCAGACCGAGAUUCAAGGCUCUGACCAUCACGGUGUUGCCUCACGUUAACUCUACCGUCUACUACGACGCCAGAUUGUUGGCGCCCAACAUCGAAGCCGUGCAUCUUUUCGCUUUCGAUCAGAAAACACCAGAACGCAGCGCGAAGGAGGCCGACUUCCCAGCGCCAAUUUACGCCAGUUACGGACGCGUGGCGGAAGACAAUGUCGACGUUGCGACACGUUACGGACGCGAGGGAGAUGACAAUAUUGAUGCUGUGGCAAGGUACUGGUUGGAGAACGGAACUCCCGGCAGCAAGAUCGUCGUCGGCAUUCCCACGUACGCUCGCACGUGGAAACUGACGUCCGACAGCCAGAUUUCCGGCGUGCCGCCGAUCGUGACCGACGGUCCGGGCGCACCCGGGCCCAACACCAACGAGCCGGGGCUGCUGUCCUACGCCGAGAUGUGCUCCAGGCUGACCGAGCACGCGGCGGGACGGCUGCGACGUGUCGGCGACCCGUCCAAGAAGUACGGCAGCUACGCCUAUCAGGCUUACAACGGUGAGACCGGUGCCGAGGGGAUCUGGGCGGGCUACGAGGAUCCGGACACCGCCGGCAACAAGGCCACGUUCGUCAAGUCCAAGGGUCUCGGCGGCGUGGCGAUCGUCGAUCUGUCGCUGGACGAUUUCCGGGGCGUUUGCACCGGCGACAAGUACCCGAUCGUCAGGGGAGCUAAGUACAAGCUGUAAAGACGGAGCGGAGAAUUCGAUCUCGGACGGUAAUCGGAAUCGAAAUCUCGGAAGUCCAUAACGAUACCCGACCGAAGGAAGCUUUCGGAUGCCUGACCGCGAUUCGUGAAUACGGUGGUCGUGUUUAUAUAUGUAUUGCCCGACGUGCGAGAGUUAUCGAGACUUUUAACGAGAGAAUUUUUAAUGAGAGAAUUUUAAUGAGGAUCGUUACGCUGGCGCUUCGGGUGUAUUGUACGUGAGGAUAAUAAAAAACAUAUCGCUGCUUUAUUA